CCGUUUUAUAGUUCAAAACGUUAAACUAACCAUGAGGUCUCCAAUUGCAGCUAUAUCACUGUGCAUUACCCUGGUGCUAGCAGGACCGCUCGAGAAAGAUCGUCGCAUUCACAAUGGCGAACUAGCUGAACCGGACCAGUUUCCAUACGCCGUUGGAUUAAUCGUGCCAUCUGGAAUCUGUGGCGGAUCACUCGUAUCGGCAAAUUACGUACUCACAGCAGCGCAGUGCAUCGCGAACCUAGAAUCGGCUAUCGUGGUACUUGGGAGUACUCGCAUUUUCGAUCAGUCUGACGAGAACCAGAUUCGGUUGGAAGCGACAAGCUUCACCAUUCAUCCAGGAUACGAAAUCGCUGGGGAGAUCUUCGACGUCGGAUUGAUCCGCUUACCACAAAGUGUGUCCAAUGUGAGGCCAAUUCGUUUACCAAACCGACGACAGGUGGAAGCCACGUUCGUUGGGCAGCAGGCGACCGUUGUCGGCUGGGGAAGAAUCAGUCAGAGUGGACCUCAGUCGGAGAAUUUGCUGUUCGCAAGAUCACCGGUUAUUUCGGUAGCUUCGUGCCGCAUGGGUUUACCGACGCAGCAAAUUACGGAUAAUCAUAUAUGUACCAAUUCGGAAAAUAAUGCCCCUUGUCAGGGGGAUUUCGGUAGCCCACUGACGGUCGUGGAUGUUGACGGAAUCACCACCCAAAUCGGGGUGUUUUCGUUUAAUUCUGUUCUGGGAUGUCAAAGUAAUCGGCCGGCGGUCUUUUCCCGGAUGUCGUCGUAUUUGAAUUGGAUAGGUGAUAAUUCGGACGUGGUGAUUAGAGAUAAUUUUGAGUGAAGGUCUAAUAAAUAUAGCUAGUAGGGUAACUGAUCUUGAGUGGGACAAUUUGUUGUUUUAUCUGCAGUAUCGUCGACACAUAUCUUGAUUUCGGCAUAAAAUUAGAAAAAUAUUCUAGCAAAAACGUAUUAGAUAACAAGUAAAAUUAAUAAUUUUGAUAAUUUGUGGAUUGAAAUUUAAAUUAAACUAUGAUUGGAACCAGAAUAACAGUUUUACUGAUUAAAGAAUAUUGAUCAUGAGUGGGAAUAUGCUUAUCUUGAAUGGAACUAAAAAUAAUUUUAAUUAGGACUAGGGUAAUUUCGGGAGAGAUGCCGCGUCGGGUGAGAUGCCGCACUUUCUAUAUCUCGUAUAUAGGGUAACUUUUAUACGGUAAUAUGAUAUUGCGAAUUUGUCUUUCGAAGAAUUACAACACUGGAGAUGUAAAAUAAUCCUAAUUAUUAACUCACAAAAUUUUUAUUAACGUUUGUGUGCAUCCAGUUGCAUCACGGGGUGUCGAAAGUUUUUCAGCACCACAUUAAAAUUUCGUUUUUUUUAAAUUGUCCGAUUUUUUUUGGUAAAUCAUGUAUCGGUUGAAUAGCAGGGACCUUUUAGAAGGUAUUCUGAUCAUGAGUACGGUCAUCCAUAAUUUCGGAGAAAAAUGCCGUCGUGCGGCAUCUCUCCCAUACAAUUAGGAGAGAUGCCGCAUCAAAAUUGCGGGUGAGAUGCCGCACUCGAUGACGGAGGGUCCAUAGCUAAAAAGUAUUUUUUUUUCACAACGCAAUGUCAUUAAAUGAACAUUUGUGUUGGGUAUAGGUUCUUAAUAAGGUAUAUCCACAAACUAACGGACCUAACACAGUGACAUAUAACAUUAUGAGUCUAUUUUAAACUGGCGAUAGGUAUCUAAGUGUUGAUUACUUCGGUUAAUUCUUUAAAUUUUCAGGCACUAAUUUUAGUGAACGCAUUGAUUUGUAGUGAUGUCAAUCUUGGGAAGAAAGUGAAAAUUUCAACGAAUUAAUGCUUUUUCAACAUGAAUCAUUCAAGAACAAACCUAAGUUAUAUAAAUUCGUUGUUGGGAGAAACAACCAAAAACUACUUUUAAGGAACCCCUACCAACACAUAGAUAUAAAUCGCUUGCAUAAACAUAUAAAUAAAUAGUAACCAACUUGAACGUUGGACAAGGUUGCAAAAAAAUAUUUUUAAAAUUUUGAAUAAAAAUGUUUCUAGAAAUAAUAUUACCCCGUAAGAAAAAUAAAAGUACUGGCCGAUUUAUAGGUGUAAUCAAACUUCAUGAAACUCAGCUGAAUACCCCUAAUCAUAAAAACAUCAACGAUAGCUAAAAAUACUUUUGUGCGCCAUUUUUCAGUUUGUGGCCAUUUGCGGCGUCUCACUCGCACAUGCGGCAUCUCUCCCGCAAUGACCUUUUUUUAAAAAAUUUGAUGAUUUUUUUCAUGUAAAAAAUCAUUUCACAGUAAUUAAGAAACUUGUCGCAAUUGAUAAAAAUGAUUUCAUCAAAUAUUGAAUGGUUUACUUUGA